CAGAGGUGACAUAUCAGUUGAGUCUGUGCUGUGUGAACACUUUGGCCUUUAAUAUUUACAAACGGGGACUGCAGUAAAACAUCUGACAUCUGACACACAUGUCGGGCUUUAGAGGAAGAACUAAACCGGAAGGUGCUUCAGGCUAGCUGUUACCUGUCAUCAGAACAGUGGUACAAGGAUGAACUUCUCCGGUCUGCUAACUCUCCAAAAGGAACGAGUUCCUCUGAAGAGCAUUGAGGUGGAGCUGGAGGUGAGGGACCAUGUGGCUACAGUGGUCUCCACUCUGAACUACGAGAACAAGAAGGACAAACCAUUAGAGGCUGUUUUUGUCUUCCCUCUGCCUGGAGAUGCUGCUGUCUGUCAUUUCAGUGCUAAGAUCGGACAGACACAGAUUGUAGCUGAGGUGAAGGAGAAACAGAAGGCUCAUGAGGAGUAUGAUGAUGCUCUGAACUCCGGUCAGCAGGCCUUCCUAUUGGAGGAGAGUGAUCAGAGUCCAGAUAUAUUCUCUCUGAGUGUGGGCAGUCUGCCUCCAAGAGAGAGCGCCUCCAUCAGGUUGGAGUACGUGACUGAGCUGUCUGUGCAGGCUGAUGAUGGUCUGAGGUUCUGUCUGCCUGCUGUGCUCAACCCUCGAUUCAAUCCUCAAUACAAAUAUCGGGGUAGGAAAUCUAAAUCUUUAGAGGUGGUUUAUGUUCCAGCCUCUUGGGUGCCCUACACUCUGUCUUUCUCUGCCCGAGUGUCCUCUCCUCGUCCAAUCUCUAAAGUAGAGUCCAACUGUUCCCUGGACCCUCUCCAGUACCUCAACACUGAUCAAACCCAGGCCACGGUCAAGCUGGCUGCAGGACACAAGUUUGACAGAGAUGUUGAACUGCUGAUUUAUUACAAAGAUGCCCACCAGCCCACUGCUGUGGUGGAGGCAGGACAGGCCUCUGCUGAGCCGGGCACUCUGAUGGGUGAUCCAGUGGUGAUGGUGAGUCUAUACCCUGAGUUCCCAGAGACUGUGAUGUCUUCAGGGACUUCUUGUGGAGAGUUUGUGUUCUUAAUGGAUCGAUCUGGAAGUAUGGACUGUGCUAUCAGUAAGAGUGAGCAGGAGGAAGCUCGUAUGAGCUCUGCCAGGGAUGCUGUGCUGCUCCUGUUGAAGAACUUACCAAUGGGCUGUUAUUUCAACAUCUACAGUUUUGGGUCCAGUUAUGAACACAUCUUCCCUAAGAGUGUGGAGUAUAGCCAAGAGACCAUGGAGGAGGCGCUGAAGAAUGUUGAUCAAAUGGAGGCUGAUUUGGGAGGAUCGGGGAUGCUGGAGCCCCUCAAACAUAUUUACAACCAGCCUUGCAUUCCCAGUCACCCUAGACAGCUGUUUGUCUUUACUGAUGGAGAGGUGUGGGACACCAAAGAAGUGAUAGAUCUGGUGAAGAAGAACUCAGAUUCUCACAGGUGUUUCUCUUUUGGGAUUGGGGAAGGGGCCAGCUCUGCUCUCAUCAAUGGGAUGGCCAAAGAAGGAGGAGGUCACGCUCAGUUCAUCACAGGGACUGACAGGAUGCAAGCAAAAGUGAUGCAGUCGCUGCGAUUUGCUCUGCACCAUAUUGUCACAGUCAUAUGGGAUUUACCAAAGGAAGUGUCUGUCACUGUCCUCUCUCCACCAAUCACAAUACUUCUCAAGGGUCAGAGAUUACUGAUUUAUGCCCAGCUCACUGGACAGAGUUCAGAGGCAGCAGAGGGCUGUGUGACGCUGAAGUACAGCCUGGCAGGUCAUCCCUGUGAAAACCAGCUGCACUUCAGUCUCAGACCUGCAGAGGACACUGGACUAACAGUCCACAGGUUGGGGGCUCGGAGUCUGAUUCGCUCCCUGGAGGUAGAGGACAGAGAGCACAAAGAACAUGAAGAUGGAGGAGUGAAGGAGAAGCUGGUGCAGCUCAGUGUCCAGUCAGGAGUGAGCAGCUCUUUCACUGCCUUCAUUCCUGUCAACAAAGACAACGGAGACACAAUUCAAGGACGUUUUCUGCUCAGAAAUAUUCCAAAACCCUUUGAAAUGGAGAGAGAUCGUCCAUGGCGUGUAUCAAGACCUGCAAGGAGCUGGAGUACGCGGAUGAACUGCUCUGGUCUGUUAAAUCUACAAAAGGAACCAGUUCCUCUGAAGAGCAUUGAGGUGCAGCUGGAGGUGAGGGACCAUGUGGCUACAGUGGUCUCCACUCUGAACUACGAGAAUAAGGAGGACAAACCAUUAGAGGCUGUUUUUGUCUUCCCUCUGCCUGGAGAUGCUGCUGUCUGUCAUUUCAGUGCUAAGAUCGGACAGACACAGAUUGUAGCUGAGGUGAAGGAGAAACAGGAGGCUCGUAAGGAGUAUGAUGAUGCUCUGAGCUCUGGUCAGCAGGCCUUCCUAUUGGAGGAGAGUGAUCAGAGUCCAGAUAUAUUCUCUCUGAGUGUGGGCAGUCUGCUUCCAGGAGAGAGCGCCUCCAUCAGGUUGGAGUACGUGACUGAGCUGGCUGUGCAGGCUGAUGAUGGUCUGAGGUUCUGUCUGCCUGCUGUGCUCAACCCUCGAUACCAGCCUCAGGAUUUUGAAGGUGCAGGUGUCCAGGUGACUUCUGUUCCAGCCUCUCUGUUGUUCUACAGCCUGUCUUUCUCUGCCCGAGUGUCCUCUCCUCGUCCAAUCUCUACAGUAGAGUCCAACUGUUCCCUGGACCCUCUCCAGUACCUCAACACUGAUCAAACCCAGGCCACGGUUAACUUGGCUGCAGGACACAAGUUUGACAGAGAUGUUGAACUGCUGAUUUAUUACAAAGACGCCCACCAGCCCACUGCUGUGGUGGAGGCAGGACAGGCCUCUGCUGAGCCGGGCUGUCUGAUGGGUGAUUCAAUGGUGAUGGUGAGUCUGUACCCUGAGUUCCCCCAGUCUGUGAUGUCUUCAAUGGCUUCAUGUGGAGAGUUUGUGUUCUUAAUGGAUCGAUCUGGAAGUAUGAGUAAUACUCGGAUCCGCAGUGCCAAGGAUACUCUGCUGCUCCUGUUGAAGAGCUUACCAAUGGGCUGCUAUUUUAACAUCUAUGGUUUUGGGUCCAGAUAUGAACACAUCUUCCCUAAGAGUGUGGAGUACACUCAGCAGACCAUGGAAGAGGCCCUGAAGAGCGUUGAGCAGAUGCAGGCUGAUCUUGGAGGAACAGAGAUCCUGGAGCCCCUCAAACAUAUUUACAGUCAGCCGUGCAUUCCCAGUCAGCCUCGACAGCUGUUUGUCUUUACUGAUGGAGAGGUGGGAAACACCAAAGAAGUGAUAGAUCUGGUAAAGAAGAACUCAGAUUCUCACAGGUGUUUCUCUUUUGGGAUUGGGGAAGGGGCCAGCUCUGCUCUCAUCAAUGGGAUGGCCAAAGAAGGAGGAGGUCACGCUCAGUUCAUCACAGGGACAGACAGGAUGCAAGCAAAAGUGAUGCAGUCGCUGCGAUUUGCUCUGCAGCCGACUGUGGUCGACAUCUCAGGCACAUGGGAUUUACCAAAGGAAGUGUCUGUCACUGUCCUCUCUCCACCAAUCAAGACACUUUUCCAGGGUCAGAGGUCACUGAUUUAUGCCCAGCUCACUGGACAGAGUUCAGAGGCAGCAGAGGGCUGUGUGACGGUGAAGUACAGCCUGGCAGGUCAUCCCUCUGAGAACCAGCUGCACUUCAGUCUCAGACCUGCAGAGGACACUGGAUUAACAGUCCACAGGUUGGGUGCUCGUACUCUGAUUCGCUCACUGGAGAUGGAGGAGAGAGAAAGUAGAGGACAGCAAGAUGGAGAAGUGAAGAAAAAGUUAGUGCGGCUCAGUGUCCAAUCAGGAGUGAGCAGUUCUUUCACUGCCUUCAUUGCUGUCAACAAAGACAACAGCAGGGUGAUCCAAGGACCUCUUGUGCGCAGAAAUAUUCCGACACCCAUGACACCAAGAUAUGGAUCAGCAUUGCGUGCUACUCCUAUAAGAGGAAGUUGCUCCUCCCUGCCAAUACCAGAUACGUAUUCAAAGAAGAGACGUAAUCUGUGUCGUGGGGUGCCACCAAGAUUUGGAUCAGCACUGCCUGCUCCUCCUAUAAGAAGAAGUUGCUCCCCCCCGGCAAUGUGUUCAAUACCAGAUACGAAUUUAAAGAAGAUGCGUAAUCUGUGUCGUGGGGUGCCACCAAGAUUUGGAUCAGCAUUGCCUGCUCCUCCUAUAAGAAGAAUUGGCUCCCCCAUGGCAAUGUGUUCAAUAUCAGAUACGACAGAUAGUUUUUGCGGUGGUUUCCUGGAUGACUUUGCGUUACCCAAGCAACCACCCAGAGACCCUUUCAUGCACUUAGUCUCCCUCCAGAAGGCGUCUGGCUCCUGGCUGCUUGAUCCUGGUCUGGCUACUGCACUGGGAAAGACCAGUCAGCAGGUGGAAAAGAUCAAACCCAGAACGGCCAACAGUGAAGUGUGGGCCACCAUUCUGGCUCUGGUCUGGCUUCAUGCUUUCAAGAUGGAUGCAAAGGAUGAGUGGGAGUUUCUGGCUUUGAAGGCUGCCUCAUGGCUCCGUGCUCAAAAUGCGCCAUGUGUGUCAGAGUGUGUGGAAUCUGGAAAUGUCCUGUUGGGUUGCAGCAUAAAGAAAGAAGCUCUGGGACUCUAGGUUUUCUCGAAGUGGAUUCACCUUCAGGAUUGGCGAAUCAUGCCAUAUGGCUUUUAAUUCAUUUUUGUGCUAUUUACCCUAUUGUAAUUGUUAUAUAAUCAGAAUCGUUUCAAAAAACAAGCAGUUAUUAUGGCAACUCAUUUAAAUUGUAUGUUUUUAUUCCUGUUUUCCAUCACCAUAUGGCGAUGUUGGUCAUAAUUUGUUACUUUUUACUUGUUUUUAUACAUUCCACUUCAUGUUGUUCUUCUGAGAAAGGUUCUAAUUCAAAAUGCUUGUGUUACAGUCCCAAAUCAAAGUUAACUUUUUAUGCCUACUUCUAGACAAAGUCCUAAUUUUAUCUUAUAGCGCUGUUUAUAUGGUCACAUUGAAAUUAAACAAUAUUGAUGACAUUUUGUUUCUCUUGCAGAUUUUUCCUUUUUAUCCACAAAAUGCUAACAUUGAGUCGAUAUAUGCUAAUUUGUCAGUUAGGAUGAUGGAACAACCAGUGGUUUGGUUUUUUUAUCUGAAGCAAAGGAAAAAAAUAUAUAGCCAACCCACAGGGCCUGGCUCAAGUCAGCAAUUACAAAAGACAGCAUUUUUAUUAUUUGGGGGAAAAUGGCACCAGCAGUGUUAGUGGCUAGGUGUGGUUAGGUAAGAAAGAGCCAGUGGGCCCAUCACUGAGGCUGUGGGGAUCAUGGCUUACAAUAGGAAAGAGUGCAAUGCAUGUCAUAUCAGGUGUGCUGCAGUAUCGCCUGUGUGCCUAACUAUUCAUUUACCAGCACAGCAAAUUGAAUGAUUAUGUGAACAUAAUAUUUUGCUUUUUUUCCCUUUUAAGUUGCAAAUACUUUUGAAAACUCUGAAGAAAGCUGAAAACGGAGUGAAUGUUUUAUUUACAGGUUUAGUCAUAUUUUGUAAUCAGGUUUAUCUGUCUGCUUAAUGUUUAGAUAGAAAUGCUAUGAAAUCUAAUGCAACUCAAUAAACAUAUAUUUCCAUAA